UCUGCUGCAGAGAAUAAAAACAACGGGGUGGGCGUUCAGGAGAGUUUUGGUGCUUUCGCUGCUUGACUGCGGAAAGUUUUCGAAAUGGUGCAACAACUCCCCAAAUCUGGAGCGAAGGCGGCUCCUCGGCUGAAAGCUGGCCACCCUCCAGCAGUAAAGGCCGGGGGUAAACGGGUGGCCAAGAAAGGCUUUGAAGAGAAUCCCACCCAUACAACUCCGGAGAAGGAUGCCAAGAAGUCUGAUAAAAUCAGCAAGUCCCUUGCCACCCCCAACAGGAUGCAACAAGUUGGCAUACUUCUGACAGGAACCCUUGACAAGCUGAGCCACGACUUUCCCGAGACACCUGUGAGCGUGAGGCACUGCAAGGUGCGCCCUGCGGUGGAGAAAACUCACUCCCCUCGGAUCUUUUUUAUCCAGCAGCCGAGGAAGUAUUGAACUUGUUUGGGAACGCCCCAGAGGGAACCAUGUUAAGUCAGCUGUGAAACACCAACGUGACGCGUUAGACACAUGAGGAGACUGAGACUGACAGGUUGCCUGUAAAGUGUUGAUGGAGUGAAAGCUUUCAAGCUCUGUUUACUUAGAAGGGGGGGGGGGGCUUUUUGGGCCGUGCUUGUAUGUGAAUACUAUAAACCAGCACUUACUGCAUCUUUCCUAGUGUUAUAAUAGAAUGCUGUAUUUGUAUUUACACGUUGGUGGAAAACAAAUGGCAUUUGGUGGGUAUGCGUAUGUUUGAAGGGAGGGGUUAAGUUACUGUGGGAAGUAUAUGGGACUGCUUUUUAAGUGAAAUCUUUGCUUUGUAUUGCAUGGCAAUUGCAUUAGAUUUAUUAAAAAAGAAAGGGACUGCAA